AUGCUACUGCUACAAGAAUUUGAUCUGGAAAUUAAAGAUAGAAGUGGUAACCAAAAUUUAGUAGCUGACCACUUGAGUCGCCUUGAGCACAUUAAAGAUGACUCCAUUCCUAUCAAUGAUAAUUUCCCAUUUGAUAGCUUACAAGCAAUAUCUGAUGUAGCCCCUUGGAGACUAACAGGUUUACUGAAGAGGCACGGGAUCAUUCAUAAAGUAUCAACCACCUAUCACCCCCAGACUAAUGGGCAAGCAGAGGUGUCUAACAGAGAGAUAAAUCACAUACUGCAAAAGGUAGUCAAGCCUCAUAGGAAGAACUGGAGCACCAGGCUCCAAGACGCGCUUUGGGCAUAUCGGACAGCAUACAAGACACUGAUUGGGAUGAGCCCUUUCCGUUUGGUUUCUGGAAAGGCCUGUUAUCUCCCAGUUGAGUUAGAGCACAAAGCCUUCUGGGCGGUAAAGGAAUGCAACAUGGACUAUGAGAGAGCCAGAUCUGAACAGAAGUUGCAACUACAAGAAUUAGAAAGCCUUCGCCUUGAAGCUUAUGAAAACUCCAGGUUAUAUAAAGAGAAGGUGAAGGUUGUGCAUCACAGGAGCAUUAAGAGAAGAGAAUUCCAACUAGGGGACUUAGUCCUACUUUACAACUCCAGAAUGCGGCUCAUGCCAGGCAAGCUGAGAUCCAGAUGGGAUGGUUCGUAUCGAGUAGAGAAGGUGGAACCAUACGGAGCCUUUCACUUGAGCCAUCCUUCGAGCUCUGAACUUAUCAAGGUCAAUGGACAUCGCUUGAAGUUAUUCCAUGGUGAAAAGAUGGCAAAAAACCAGGAACUAGAGAUCUUCCUCUUGGAAGAUCCGUCCACAGCAAAAGACUAA